AUGACUUCUACACUUGAAACAUUCAGGGAUUUCCAGUCCGAGAUCGACAGACUCUCUAAAGAACUUAACGAAACGACCAAAGAAAAACUGCAGGCGGCCGAGUACGGUCUGGUGGUUCUGGAGGAGAAGCAACAGUUGCAGCAACAGUUCGAGGAGCUGGAGGCUCAGCUUGAAGCCACACGGACAGAACUUGACUGUGCCAAAGAGGCACUCAACAGACAUCAGAGCACACUAAAGAAGCAUCAUGAAAGUGGAGUUGAUCAGGAGGAGAAACUUCUGGAGGAGACGGCCCAGAGAGAAGAGAACUACCAGUCAUCAAUCAGUGAUCUUGGGCAGGAUUUGAAGGCAGCACGCGCCAACUAUCUCAGAGUUGCGAGUGAGAAUGAACGUUUGACGUCGGAACUUUUAGAGCUCAACCAUCAGAUUGAGACUCUGGAAGCCCAGCGACAACAAUUCCGCCAUGAACUUCGAGAGUACAAGGUUAGAGAAAACAGGAAUCUCACAGACUAUGCCGAGCUUGAGGAAGAAAACAUCUCACUUCAGAAACAGGUCUCACAACUGAAACAGAACCAGGUUGAGUUUGAGUCCAGCAAACAUGAAACUCUAAGGCUACAGGGGGAGCUGGAAGACCUCCACAUGCAACUGGAUGAGCUUGCUGGUCUCAAGGCCAUCGUGGAGAGGAAGUUGGAGGAAGCCCUGAGCUCACUGGCACAGGAAAGGGAGCAGAAACACAACCUGAAGAAAGAGCUGGAUCAGAGAAUCACCCAGGAAUCCAUGUUUAACCUCAGUAAUCUAGCCCACUUUAGUGGUCUCAGCGAGGGCCUGACCUUUAGUAAUCAUCUUGACCAUGAUGAGGACAUGGACAGCUCUGUCCAUCCAGCCCUGAAGAGAAUAGAAGCCGAUUUCUUUCCUGGGCAGAAGAAUUCCAAUCAUGGGGUGCCAAGUCCACGGCCGGGUACAGUUGGGGACAUUCUCAGUGAGAUUCAGGUGACAGAAGUCGGCAAAUUGGAAUCACUCUUGGAUCAGUCUGAGUCUGAGAAACUGGAGCUACAGAAAGCAUUAGACGAAGCCAGGAAACUUAUCGAGGACACACAGAAGGAUCUCAUUGAGCAGAAGGAAAGGGCAGACAACCUGAAAGCCACCAUAUCUCAUGUAGCAUCUCUACACGACAGAGCAUCCCUGCUGCCUAAUGACCUGCAGGUGUCCUAUGAUGAAGGGCUGCUGGCAGAGAUUGCUCUAGAAACUGACCCAGACAAGAAGGUGCUGUUGGAGCUGAAACAGAACCUGCAGCACCACGAGAAGAAGUACAGCACGGCCAUGAGAGAGAUCAACAACCUGCGCACUGAGAUCAGCCGGCUACAGAACAGGAACUCUGUAACUGGGGCAGACCCUCGCAUAGAUAAGGCUCUAGCAGAGUUGACUGACAAAUGUGACCAGUACGAGCGGACAAUCAAAGAGCAGGAGAAUGAUCUCAAGUCUGCCACACAAUCAGCCAGCAGGUCCCAGGCCAGCCUGGACAGUCUGCAGGCAGAGUUGAGCCGGAUUACUGAAGAUCUGGCUCAGUUGUACCACUUGGUUUGCCAGGUAACUGGUGACACCCCGUCCCGUGUUAUGCUGGAUCAUGCCAAGAAUGGCAUGGUGAGUGAACUAGAAGAUCCUUCUCCUACAGCUGCUUCACCCGAAGAGAAUUCAAACAGAUCUGUGAUAGAGAAUGGCAAGGAAGGAGAGCCUGACAUAUCAGUGAGCUGUGACCCAGCCUUCACCUCUACUCCAAAAUCUGAGGGGAAACAAGCCCACAGUAGAUCCAGAUCAAAAUCCUCUCCUGGCAACAACAGCAAGUCAGAUCCAACAUCCUGCGGCACCUUGUCUGAGACUAUUGUUGACCAGGUGAAGUUUCUCCGUCGAGCCAUUGAACAUCUCAUGGAGAUGUCCAAGCAGUGGCAGCAGCAAGGCAGUCAUGGCUCUGAGGAGGCUGGUGAUGAUGAUGAUCGCCAGGAGCUGCAAGAACAGGUGGUGAAGCUCAAAGCCAUGUUGUCUACCAAACGGGAACAGAUAGCCACACUUCGCUCAGUUCUAAAGGCCAACAAGUCAACAGCUGAGGUGGCUCUGGCAAACCUCAAACAGAAAUAUGAAAACGAGAAGGUUAUUGUUACCGAAACCAUGAUGAAACUGAGAAAUGAGCUGAAAUCUUUGAAAGAAGAUGCUGCCACGUUUGCCUCCCUGCGGGCCAUGUUUGCACAGCGCUGUGAUGAGUACGUGACACAACUGGACGAGAUGCAGAGACAGCUGUCUGCAGCUGAAGAAGAGAAGAAAACCCUGAAUUCCUUGCUGCGUAUGGCCAUUCAGCAGAAGCUAGCGUUGACUCAGAGAUUGGAGGACUUGGAGUUUGAUCGGGAGAGACGGAGCAUCACAACCAGAAGACAGGGGCCCUCCAGAAAUCCAAAGAUUGCCAACUCUAAGGGACUGAACAGUAAGAGUAAACUGUGUCUACCAACAGAGCUGAUGUCCUGUAGUCCCAGCAGUUGCAGCAGCCAGCCAAUGACAACCAGCAUUACUGAAGAUCGCAUGUAA